GUUCGCUUACGACGGUUGAGUGGUCGUUAGUUGCGCGAAAAUCGAGUGGAUGGGAAUCAGCGUGUGUAUGUUUAUUACUGGCUGUGGAUCGUUCAAUAGCAGUUGCCAAUAAAGUUUACAAAAAAAGCUUUUGUUUUAAGUAAAAUGUUUAGAUACUAAAGUCAAAUCAUCCAUACAUUACACAGAUAUGGAUAUGGAAAAAAUUCUCGACCAGUUGUUGAUGCCACCACCAUCAUUUUCAAAUGACUCUUUGCGGAAUGGUAGCACUACGAGUUUAGAUCGAAGCAAUAACUCAUCAAGCAGCAACAGCAGUUGGCUCUCUGAGUCCUCGUGUGGUUGUCACUCACCGCGAUCACCAAUUCAAAGAUCAUCAAAUAUUAUUUUUCACAGAAAACCCAUUCUUCCACCAAUGGUUUGUUGCGCCUCUAAAGUUGAAAUGCAAGUUUAUCGGAACAAGGCGUUGGAAAAAGAACGCAGACGUCGUCAAAGAUGCACCAACAACCUUAUCUCGAAAGUAGAAGCAAUUCUAUCAAGUGUGGAGACUGAUAGUGGACCUUCAAGUCAGGAGAGUUCACCAAAAAUUCCCCUUGCUUCAAGCACUUUAUGUCCGACCACUGGACCAAUAAACAUACAGGAAGAACCAGAUGAAGUAACCAAGUCGCUGCAAGAUACCAAUGAAACAACAGAAACAGAGAGAGCUACACAAGUGUCUUCCUCCGAUUCGGAAACUGCAAAAUCUUCAGAAACCUCUGAUUCUUCCAGUGAGGAAGAAAACAGUUUCCAGGAAAAUGCGUACCGGAAGAGCCUCCAAAAUCUUCUUCAAAAAUCUUUAACUCUUGAUGCUUCACUCAAUAAUUCAACUGCAACCAAACCUGAAAUUAAACCCUUGCAAGCUGCUGGUUCUUCCACUCCAUCCUCAUCAAGUGGGAAUACUUGGGCUGAAAACACACAAGCCACUGUAGUUCUCAACCAUAAUCCUCCCGCAUCAGUUGAUCAUCAUUCGAACACAGAUGAUGAGGAGAGCCUAACAUCCGGAGACUUGAGUGUGAUGAACAGCACAGCAAGUCAUUUCGUGGACUCUGUAUUGGAUGCGGUAAGGAGCGAGUUAGGAGCCUUUGCAAGCAUGAGGAGUCUUCCGAGUAAGAAAUCUUCUCCAGAGGAAGAAAGCUCCUCUUCACCAGAACCAAGGACUCCUAAAAAAACAAUUGAAGCAGUCUCUACAAGUACAGAUACCUCUCCAUGCAAAGCAACGGAACAUAUUAACAAAGCUUUAAAAAUAAUGAACAAUGAACUGGCAUGCAAUAAGAACGACUCUUCACCAAAUUCUCAACUUUUAAAGUCUGUGGAAAAUUCUGAACUUCUCACUUUAUCAUCACUGCAAGGGGAUAGUUCAGAGGUAUCUCCUGCUGCUUGUGAUGUCACAAUGUCAACUGUGACUCCAGAAACAAAGGAAUUAAUGGCUUCAUAUAAGAAUGCACUGGAAGCAGAGGAGAAAUCUGAGGAAACUGCAGAAAAUACAACAGAUGAAGUUGUGAAUAAAUCAAGUCAAUCAACGGACUCAGCUGCAUAUUCACAAACAUUAAGCAAAGCUUCUUCAACUUUGUCAUCUCACGAUGAGACAAGAGGACAUCGUGUGAGGUCCGGCUCCUACUCCCUGGAUGCUCCAUCUCCAUUCCUCAUCAAUACAAAGAACAUCCACUCAAUAUAUUCGAUUGAUGCGGAUGAUGAGAUUGGAUCAGAGACGACAGAAGGAAGUGUUUAUUGUCGAGAUGUGAAGAGGAGGUUGGAGAUGCCGUCUGACUCCGAGGAAAGUCAUGCAUCAAUGAGUCGGAGCUGCAACAAGAGAUCCACUACGACAUCGAAAGAUGGAACAAAAGUAAACGAAUAUUGUAAAAUGCUUGAAAAGCAACAUCAAGAUGAAUUGAAAGCUCUGCAAGAACAGCAUGAACUACAACUUAAUCUACUACAGAAGGAAUUGUUGAAAAGUCAGCCACACCUGGCUGUUUCUGUUAAAUCUAUUACAAAGAUGAACUUGCAUGACCUUGAUGUGGUCACCAAACCGGUUCCGACUGGUCAAAACUUGAAUAAGGUUUUAGAAAAGCUACAGCCAAGCUUUUGUAAGUUAAGUGCGUUGAUUAAAGGUCAUCUUACAAGGAGGUUGUUACGUUCGCGACCUGCACAAGAUAUCAUGCAAACUAUAAGGGACACAAGUCGAACAAUCUUAUCAAUCAAAAGUGAUGAAGUUUCAAACUUAGCAAAUUCAAACGGGAGCAACGAGAGUUCAAAACAAGAUGAAACUUUUCUUGAUCGACUUUUCCUGCAGCUACAAGCGGCAAUGUACGAACUGCAUGAAUUGUUUUUCGAAACUUCAGUUCAGGAAAGAAUGGAAAUUAUUUCCCAAUCAAGAAUCAUUCAACUUAAACCAAAGCCUUGCAUGUUGGGUAGAAGCAACCCCCCAAAACUAUCCGCUGCUACCAUCAAAUCUAUGCAAAGGAAAAAGCAGGAAAAAAUAGACACAAAAGGAAAAGCCGCUCCAAAAGAGAUAAAAAGCAAAAUAUCUCACAUUUGGAAAGCUAGCAGCAACAAAGUAAACAAACAAAAAUCACCACAAGGUCACUUGAAAAAGCCCCAAGUGAACAAAGAACAUGCACGAGCUGCACAAAGUCGCCCAUAUUCGCACCAUGGUCUAUCCAAUGGACUGACACCUACAGUGCGAUAAUUGCAGUUUACUGUAUUGUGUGUUCCAGUUUUCUAUUUCUUCACAUUAGUGUAGUGUUAGUAACCCUUGAUAUUUUGAUGUUUUUGUUUAAGUGUUUUGAGUGUGUUUAUUUAUAUGAAGUGCUCAUAAAGAAUUGCCAUUUAGUUUGCAUUGGUUUGGUUCACAUAAUCUUACUGAAAACUUUUGGGGAUCAAAUCAAUGCAAUGUAAAUGGCAACCUAGUUAGCCUGUGUUAAGAUAUCAGCUAGGUUCAGAUGUGCUAAUCCAUCCUCAAAAUAUCAAUCAUUAAAUUUGCUGCUAUCGUCAAACAAAUAGCGUACUUUAAACUUGAAGUACUUUUGCUGCUAUGUGAGCCGUAUUUUGGACAUGUUUUUUGCGUAGUACUUAUGCUGCUAUCUAAGCCUUACUUUGGACAUGUUUUUUUUGCGUAUUCUAAGUUAGCAUUUCGUUGUGCGUAAAUUGUAGUGUUAGAGUCUAUACGCAAAUAAAGUUUUGAUUUUUGAA